GAGUGUGUGAGAGCUGCAGGUGGGCGCCACUCGGUGCGCGCGAGCGGCGAGAUGUUCGCGUUCAGAUCCUGUUCUUUAGUUUCUACAGAUUUAGGAGUUUUAAUGUUUUAGUUUUUGUGGUUUUUGAGCUGUGAGGAUGGAGUAGGAGGGAGUUUUGGGAGAGUUUGAGCUUUUGGAGUUCACUUAUACCCCAGUAAACUCCGCCGGAGAACUCUGAGACUCAGUUUAACAGAGUUAUACAGAGUUUUAUUGAGUUUUAUUCAGGUUAAUUCUGCUUUAUUCACCAUGGCUUCAAUAUUCGGCCGGAUUUUUCGUCUCCCCACUCUGGAUAAGAAGAGAGUGAAGCAGUAUGAACACGUUCACAGGGAUGUGAACCCCGGUGAUCAGUGGGAGAUAGUAGGAGAGCUGGGGGAUGGAGCUUUUGGGAAAGUUUAUAAGGCCCAGAAUAAAGAAACUGGCGUGCUGGCCGCUGCCAAAGUGAUCGAGACCAAAAGUGAGGAGGAGCUGGAGGAUUAUAUGGUGGAGAUCGACAUCCUGGCAUCAUGUGACCAUCAUUACAUCGUCAAGCUGCUCGACGCUUUCUACUACGAACACAAACUCUGGAUCAUGAUCGAGUUUUGUCCUGGUGGAGCUGUGGACGCCACCAUGUUAGAGCUGGACAGAGGUCUGACAGAGAAGCAGAUCCAGGUGGUCUGUAAGCAGAUGCUGGAGGCUCUGGUUUACCUGCACAGCAUGAAGAUCAUCCACAGAGACAUAAAGGCUGGAAACGUCCUCCUCAUGCUGGACGGAGGCAUUAAACUAGCCGACUUUGGAGUGUCUGCAAAAAACACCAAAACUCUCCAGAGACGAGACUCUUUCAUUGGGACUCCCUACUGGAUGGCUCCUGAAGUUGUCAUGUGUGAGACCACUAAGGAUGCUCCGUACGAGUAUAAAGCUGAUAUCUGGUCUUUGGGAAUCACGCUGAUUGAGUUGGCACAGAUUGAGCCCCCCCACCAUGAGCUCAACCCCAUGAGGGUCCUGCUGAAAAUCGCCAAAUCUGACCCCCCCACGCUGGACCAGCCUUCUAAAUGGUCGGCAGACUUCAAGGAUUUCCUGAGAAAGGCUUUGGAUAAGAAUCCCGAGACUCGGCCCACCGCCGCUCAGCUCCUAGAGCAUCCCUUCGUGACGUCAGUGAAGUCUAACCGGCCUCUGCUGGAGCUGGUGGCCGAGGCUAAAGCGGAGGUGAUGGAGGUGAUGGAGGACAGCCAUGAGGACGGAGAAGAAGAACCAGAAGAAGAGGAACCUGCAGACAUCUCUACUAUCACUGCAAAAGACCCGUCUGAAACCAGUCAGACCAGUCUAGAGGACCAUGCGGCCAGAGCAUCCUCACCUGGAGCACCAGAAAUGCCUGAAACACCUGGAGCUGCUGAAACCCCCACAGAAACUGAGGGGGCGGAGUCAGCCAUACCUGAGGAAUCCCAGAAGGAGGAGGAGCUUAAGAUUACUGAAGAAGAGCUAUUGGUGGAUCACGACAAGCCUGAAAGCGAGACUUCUGGAAAAACCUCCAGCUCAGAUUCGGGCAUUGAAGACGGCCAGACCACGCCCACUUCAGAAAAGGAGGUCAAGGAGGCGGAGUCUCCAGAAGCAGAGUCACCUCCACCUCUGACCCCUAUAGAUCCCAGCAUGCCUCAGCCAGCUCUGGCGACCCCAGAGGAGGACGAGGAACCCCAGAGCCAACCUCACAAUGAAAGAAGGCCGGCCUCCAGGGAGAUCUCUACUCUGCCCCCUCUGGUGAGGAAUGGAACUGCAGGAAUUGUGAGGGAGAACAUGGAGCCAAUGGUGCCUCGUGUGAAUGGAGGGAUCGUGACGCACUACUCGGGGACGGGCAGCGUGGACCUCAGCCCCAACGCCUCAGGAGACACCGGCUCUGUGGCUUCAAGGGACCCGCGUUUAUCCCGCAGGACGCUGAAGCGCACCCGUAAGUUCUUGGUGGACGGGGUGGAGGUCAGCGUCACCACCGCCAAGAUCAUCAGCGACGACGACAAGAAAGAUGAAGAGAUGAGAUUCCUCAGGCGUCAGGAGCUGAGGGAGCUGCGUUUGCUGCAGAAGGAGGAACACCGCGCUCAGGCUGUUCUCAACACUAAACUGGACACUCAGAAAGAUCAGAUGCAGAGACGCUUCGACCAGGAGAUGAAUGCUAAGAAGAAAUAUUACGACACUGAGCUGGAGAACCUGGAGAAGCACCAGAAGCAGACGAUUGAGAAGAUGGAGCUGGAUCACGCAGUGCGGCUGAGAGAGGAAACCAAGCGCAUCAGAACGGAGCAGGAGAGAGAGUACCACAAGUUCCUGGAGAUGAUGAAACGACGCAAGAAGGAGGUAAAACUUGAAGUGGAAAAGUUGCCGAGAAGAGAGAGGAAGGAAACCAUGAAAGCUCGCAUGAACAACUUCCAGCUGACCAAAGUUAAAGAGGAGGAGGAGUUUCGUGCAGCUCAGAUCCACUAUCUGGACGUCACCUUAAACAACAUCAUCUCCCAGAACAAGCGGGAAAUCGCAGAUAUGGAGCGACAGUGUCUGGAGAAGAAGCAGCAUUUAAUUCGAGAGAAGGAAGCCAGUAUUUGGGACAUGGAGGAGAAGAACCUGCAUGAGAGAUGGCAGCUUCUGAAGCAGCAGCUCAAAGACCAGUACUUCCUCCAGAGACACCAGCUGCUGAAGAAGCACGAGAAGGAGCAAGAGCAUAUGCAGUGUUAUAAUCAGCGGAUGAUUGAGCUGCUGAAAGCUCGGCAGCAGCAGGAGAAGAACCGUCUGCCGAAGAUCCAGCGCAGUGAGGGUAAAACCCGCAUGGUGAUGUUCAAGAAGAGCCUGAGGAUAAACUCCACCGGCAGCGCAGCCGAGGACCGAGAGAAGGUCAAACAGUUUUCCAGACAGGAGGAGAAGAGGCAGAAGGCGGAGCGUCUUCACCAGCAACAGAAACACGAGAACCAGAUGAGGGAGAUGGUGGGCGAGUGUGAGAGCAACAUCAGAGAGCUCCAGCAGCUACAGAAUGAGAAGUGCCACAUGCUGGUGGAGAACGAGACCCAGAGAUUAAAGUCACUGGAUGAGCAUCACAACCACCUCAUUAAAGACUGGAAAGAGCAGCUCAAACCCAGGAAGAAGACUCUGGAGGACGAGUUGAAUCAGAAGAAGCGAGAGCAGGAGAUCUUCUUUAAGAUGAGUGAAGAAGUGGAAUGCCAAAACCCCGCCUCCCCUAACAGACUCACCAAAUUCCUGCCGUACUCCGACUCCUCCAACACAUGAAACUGCGGCAGAUAUCCAUCUUCCUGCAGCCUUACGCACCCAUAAUCAUCAUCACCAUCACCAUCAUCAUCAUUAUUAUUACCAGCACUGAGCGCCUCCACUAUACAGACCUGCAUCCAUCUCUUGGCGACAGAAGAAAUCGUUACAUGGGGUUUUUUGUUGUUUGUUUAAUUAUAUUUAAUCCUCAUCCUGGAUGAACCUGAAUCUCUUUCUGAUUUAUAUUAUUUUUUUAUUAUUAUUAUUAUUAUUAUUAUUCAUUAUGGUCAGCAGACAUGUUUGUACAUCUUUAUAGACACUGGAAGCAGCCAGUGCUUUAGUAGUGUCUGCUGAUCACAAUAACUCGCAAAAGACUUUUUGGUACCACUUUAAAAUAAGACUGCGCUUAUAAAUGGUUUAUAAACUAGAUUAUUAAGUAUUAUUGAUUAGGUUGUAAAUGCCUUAAAACCAUUGAUAAUCAGUUAGAACACAUUAAUGUUAAAGUACCCAGCCAUUUAAUUCAACUGAGUCAUUUACUUUAUAGUAAAGUUAUAGUUAAACAUACUUACAAAUAAAUUAAUAUGACAAGUUUAAAGCUGAUUGAUGGAAAAAAAAACACAAAGUAAAAUCAGUGUCUAGAAAAAUCUGAGAUUUGACAGUAGAAAUGAGUGUGAAUGAAUCACUACUUUGCCAUUUUUUUUAACUCAUUGUUGUCAUUUCUAUCCAUGUUGUUAUUUAUUUAUUAACUGCUUAUUAAUGAGUUUUAAAGUAUUUGCAGCCUAAUUAAUAACCAUUAAUAUUCUCCUUUAUAAACCAUUUAUAAACCCUUUAUAAAGGUAGUCUUAUUUUAAAGAUCAUGAUGUUCUGGAGGCACCCUGCUCUGCACAUUUUAGUAGCUUCCAUUCUUUUAUCACUCCCGAUUCAAUCAAUUUGCUCCUUAAAGGAGAAAUCUGGUGUGAAAUGGACUUGGGUUGUAGUGAAAUGUGAUAAUGAGUAUUAACUUUUGUUCAGUAGCCUUUUUCCAUUAAUCCCCGGCAUUCUGAAAUACAGCGCUUUUAGCUGAUGCUCCCGACAGGCUUACAAUAUAGCUAAAGAUAGGGGCAUAGAGUAACUCAUGCAAAAAAAAAAAAAAAACAACUUUUUUCCCAUUUUUACACCAUUUUACACCAUUAUCUCAAAGCUUAAAAAAGCUUCACACUUUAUUAGUAGAAUUCUGAGAGCCCUAACAUUUAAAAUAAGGCACUGAGAGCUUUAAAAGUGCACUGAUAGAUUAUUAAAAACACUGUUUUAAUACACACAGUACCAAGCACAAGCACACAUUUCAAUAGGUAGGAUGAGGGAACAAAGUUUAAAAUAAAAAUUGGUUUAUUAUUGGAAAUGCAUGAGUAUUAUAGAGAUAUUUUCCGCAAAUGCUGAAAUUCAUGCUUUUCCACUUUUUAAAGUUUGUUAAUGGUGUUUAAAAUGAUGUUAAAGUGAUUUCUUAGCAUGGGGAACUGGUUAUGGAUAUGCCCCAAUCACUAGCAUUGUAAACUUGUUGGGCGCAUCAGCUAAAAAGCACUGUAUUUCUAAAUACUGGAGAAAAAUGGUUAGCUUUAGGUGGGAUUUUUUAACAGAAGUUCAUACUGAUUUAUCAUGUUUCACUCAAUGUUAAGUCCAUUUCACACCGGAUUUCUCCUUUAAACAACUUUAAACUAACCUGCCUAACCUGUUUUUAUCAUUAUUAUGGUGUUUUCUCAUCCUUAUUCUUUUUUUCCUUUUUCUUUGGAAUAGUUUUUUUACUGCAGAUUAACACAAAAAUAGCUUCUAACACUCGUUUUUGUAUUUUUUUGGAAGGAAAAAGAAGGUGUGUCUGGAGAGCAGACAUGUAUUUACCAUGUGUUCCUCCUGGUGAAAGAUCUCGUCAUUUGUUUAGUGCAUGAAUAAACCACACCCACUACAUUAUUUUCAUCAUUACAUUAUAUUAUAACUAUCUGAAGACUCUAAAAGUUGCCUUUUUGUGAAUCUGGAAUAAGACAUGCAGAGCAUGGUGCCUCCAGGACUAGGAUUGAGAAGUAAGAAAGGGUUAAAAAAAAGAGUUUAUUUGAUAUAUUUAAUACAUUAAAGGGCCUAAUUCAGCAGAUCAAUCAAAAUAAAUCCAACCUACGCUGACCCAUACAGUAUAUGAUGUAUAAAAUUAAUAAUAAUAAUAAUGAUAAUAAGAAAAAAAACGCUCAGUAAUAGAAUCUGCUUUACGCCUGUUUAUUAAUGAUCUGCAAGUCUCUGUGUCACUUUAACUUUCUAACAAAUAAUUAUUAUUAAUUAUUAUUAAUAUUAUAGUUGUUGCAGAUUCAUAAUUACACAGUAAUAAAGAGCAAUCACUGCUUUUCCAACCAGAAAUCCUAAAUCCACCAAUCCAAACCCAAACCAAUCAAGUCCAACUUUUAUGUGCCUUAGUUCAGAUUUUUAUUUUAUUUUUCUAAAAUUCUGUUCAGUUCUGAGUUGAAUUUGUGUUGCCAAUUAUGUUGCACAUAGAAAAAAAAACAUUAUAUACUUUUAAUUUUAAAGAUUUAAAAUCAUUAUUAUAUAUGAUAAACAUUUUUUGUCACUUUAACUUUCUAACAAUCUGCGUUUCUAAUUUAUAUAAUCAGUUUUAAAUGCUAAAAGUUAAAUGCUGAAACAGUUCUGAUCAGCUUCUGGUAAAUGUAAGGAGCUGAAUGGUGAGAAGGUACCUUGUGUUUUUUUUUUCCUGUUCGGUUUGUAUUUAUCAUUUUUCUCAUUUUCUUUUUUAUUUUAUUUUAUUCGUCACCAAAAAUGUGAGUGUGAUUCUGCCACAGAACCGUGGCACAAUUUACUGUAAAGCAAAACACUGGAUGUUUUGAACCUGCUAAAGCCAAAAACAAGAAAACAUCGAAUUCUGUUGCUUUGUUUCGGAAAAAGACCAAGUUUGAAGGUCGUUGCUGUGAUGGAGGAACCUUUAGGCUUUUUUUUCUUGUUUUUUAAUUUAAAUUAAAACACAUUUAGCUCAGUAGAUUAGAUUAGUCCAGCAGUCCAAAGCGCUGCCACUUUGUUCGGGAGAUUGCUGGUUCGAAUCCCGGUUAUGCAGCUUGCCAUCAGCUGCCAGAGAGAGUCCUGAGAGAGCACAGUUAGCCUUGCUCUCUCUGGCUCACUCUCAGGGUGAUGUGGAUCAGCACAAGGCUGCAUCUGUGAGCUGAUGUAUCGGAACCGAGUCGCUGCGCUUUCCUCCGAGCGUUAGCGCUGUGAUACUACUGGGCAAUGCUAGGCAAAAAGCAGCAGUUAUAAAAUUGUUUGUUUUUUUUUUGUUUGUUUUUUUUAUACAGAUCCACACUUUUAUUACACUGGAAAAUAAGCUGAUAAUGCUUCUUUGCAAGCUUAGAUGCAACCAAAUGCAUUGUGAAUAAUUUAUAUUGUUACUGUCACACAAAAACCCUUUUGAGAUUUUAUUAAAUUAAAGUUUUUAUUAUUUUAUUUUUAUUAAGUAAUCCAAAAGGAAACGUUAAAGAACUAUUAAUUAUAUCUUACAGAAAAAUGUUUUUCAGCAAUUAAUAAUUUGUUAAAAAUAUAUAAAAGCUAUGUUUUAAUUUUGGUAAAAUUGCUUCAGAUUGUCAUGAUGAAUAGACAAAUGCAAAUACUCCCAAUAUAUAUAUUUUUUUACCCUUCCUUAAAGUUAACAUUUUUUGCAUGACAGGUUUUUGCAUGACAGUGAAAAUAUGUAAAUUGUUCAGUUAAGAGGUGGGGCUUAUCUACUGAACUAAAUGUGUAAUUUAAGUUUUUUUUUUUUUUUGUGAAUCAGGACAAAUAAAGGGAGUGUUAAUUCUGAAGGUUCCUCUCCACCAGCAAUGAUUGAUCAUAGUGUUUUAUAUAUGAAAUGUAUUACAUUUAUGUUGAUAAUUAAGUUUUUAUUAUUAUUAUUAUUAUAUUAAGCUGCCUCUCUGAGCACUGACACCAGAUUAAAAAGUGCAAUAAUUUUCCGUUCGACCUUUUAGAACAGAUUAAGUUCUUUUUUCUUUUUUUUCCUGCAGUUUGCAGCUGUUCAUCAUUUUUAUAUUUUUAUUUUAUUUUUUUUUUCUUGGCAACAAUCAGGCACAAUACAGCUACAAUUGCCUUAUAACCCCACACCCCAAAUUUAUUUUCCUUUUUUUUUUAAAUGAUACAUCCUUUAAAUGACUGCACUGUUCUGAUCCUUUCUCCUUUGUGGGACUUUUAUUUUGUAAGAAAAGGGUGUGUGUAAAUGGAUCUUUUCCAUUUACAUUUGUUGUACAUAAAUUAAUAAAUAAAGAAUUUUAUUAUUCA